GGCUGGCUGUCGAGUGUCGCCUGCUAAGUAAGUGGCGUUGUCAAUAAAUUGUCAUAAUAUUCGUCCUGUAUGUCACCCCAAUCUCAUCAUCACUCAACUGUUUAUCAAACAAGACAAAGAUAGUGUUAUUUGCAAUAUCCUUGUUUGAAGUGGCUAUUGCUAGUUUAUUUUCUAUAUCUGUUUUGUUAUAUUUACGAGCUAUUUAGGAAGCCAACAAAAAUAAAUUGUUCAACCAAUGUUAUUUUACCCUUAGGGACCAUACAGAGAUUUAAAGAUAAACAUGGUGCUUGUUAGCCUUUGACCGAAUUGGAAUUUGUCAAAUAGUUAAUAUUGAAGAAAAGAUGGAAGAGGACGAGAAUGAAACCAAUGCCUCCUGGACUGUAAGUGUUGAGCCAGAAGUUGAGAUACAAGAGUCGGGUCCAUCAGUUCUCUCCGAACAAGCUGUAAUAGUAGAUGAACAGUCCAGUGAAUCUGAUCAAGAAGCUGGUUUCCAUGCUGUACAAGAGUAUGAGUCGGUGUUGGUGGACAAGAUGUGUGAAGUAUGUGGCAAUCUGUUCCAAGCGUUUGAACUGCUCAACCAGGAGAAAAAUAAGAACCCCCAGCUGUCUACAUGUGAGACGUGUUCAUAUUACAUUACUCCUCACAGCAUGGAGAUAGAGAACCACAACGGGGCUGUAGACGAUUGUAUUGAUAAGUGUAAUAACGGAAGAUACUCUUGUGGUAAGUGUGGGAAAAUGUUCACGAGGAAAGAUAGAUUGGACAGGCACCAAGUAACACAUUCAGAGAUGAGACCUUUUCAGUGUAAGUAUUGCAGUAAGUCUUUCAAGAGGAAUGACAAACUAGUGGAGCACAUAAAAAUGUCCCAUUGGGAAAUUAGCGUGAAAGACAAAUGUUCGGAUCUGAUGUGUGAUGUUUGUGGGGACAUUGACGGAGUUAUAUCAGUGAAUGUAAGAGAGAAUGCGCAAUCGGUCGUAAACUUAUGUGAGGUUUGCAACCUUGCUCGACAGGAAAGGAUGUCUGACACGGCACAGACUGAGUCCAAACUGUUCCAGUGCGACUUGUGUCCGCGACGUUUCUCUCGUAAAGAUCAUGCGACGCGUCACCGUAUGUCCCACCUUGACGUGAAACCUUUCGAAUGCUACAUCUGUGAGAAGUCGUUCAAUAGGAAUGAUAGAUUAUUACGCCACAUGAAAAUACACCCCGGUGCUAAACCUUUUGCAUGUAAGGUUUGUUCCUUGUCGUUCACCGAUAGGGAGGAACUGAAAAGCCAUCAGAUGUCUCAUCCGGUUGUUAAGGUAAAAUUGCACAAGUGCGAAAUAUGCGAGAAAGAGUAUAGGGACAAAGAUAAACUCCAGAGGCAUUUGACAACACAUGUGAAUUACAAGCCAUACAUCUGUGAGUUGUGUGGCAAAAGUUUUAAACUGCAAGAAACUUUGUUGUCGCACCAGCAAGUCCAUUCCAACGGGAAACCUUUUAAAUGCCAAACAUGUGGAAUGGCUUUUAAAAUCAAAGAAACAUAUAAACGCCAUUUGUUAGUGCAUUUGAAAAAACCAGUGUAUUCGUGUAGUAUGUGUUCUAAAACAUUUAAACGGAGUGAUAAAUUAAAAACACACCAUUUAGUGCACUUGGACUUGAAACCUUUCACAUGUGAUAUAUGCAAAAGUGAAUUCAAACGCAAAGAUAAAUACACAAGGCAUAGAAAACAAGUGCACAACUUGGAUAGUGAGGACAGUACCUGGCAGACAGAAGUAGAAAUAGAUUGUGAUAUGUGUGGAAAAAUAUUCAAUUGUGAAGACGAUCUGGCGGAACAUAAAAUGGUCCACUAUCGUUAAUUAAAUAAUUGUUUGGAAGUUUCUUGGUAAUCUUCAUAUAUAUAUAUAUAUAUAUAUAUAUAUAU